CAAUGACAAUCAGCUGAUAAAUAAAUAGUGGUAUGAUAAGGGACUCGCAAGUAACAAAGUUCACUUUAACUCAUAAUAUUAUAAUAGAACAUUAAAGUUGCCUUUUAAACUAAAGUGUGAUCAUUUUCGAAUCUUCGCAAGGCAUUUAUCUGGUUAUUGGAGACAUUUUGCGAUGGAUAACAGUGAAACUAUAAUUGAAACUCGUCAGGGUACCAUUAAGGUUGUACAGUAUAAUAAACCCAAAAAGAAGAAUGCCAUUGACGUGAAUAUGUAUCUUCGGAUAACGAAGAUACUUAAUGACGCUGCGAACGAUGCGGACAUAUCAGUGAUGGUAUUGACUGGGACUGGGGACUACUACAGUAGUGGAAAUGAUCUCUCUGCCCCCAGAGACUCGACGGAAGGGCCUUUUUUAGAUAUCCUGAAAAAGUUCAUUGACGCAUUUAUUACAUUCCCUAAAACACUAGUUGCCAUAGUAAACGGGCCAGCUGUUGGUGUGGCUGCUACGACACUAGCGCUCUGUGAUCUGGUGUUUGCAUCUGAAAAUGCUUUUUUCUACACCCCAUUCACAAAGUUAGGACUUGUGGCCGAAGGUUGUUCAACAUUCACAUUCCCAAGAUUGAUUGGAGACAGGAAGGCUGCUGCAAUGUUGAUGUACAACCAGAAGAUGUCAGCUAAAGAAGCACUUGACUGUGGUUUCAUAAACUAUAUGUAUAAACCUGAAGAGCUUCAGAGCAAAGUGUGGGACAAAAUCAUGGAAGUGUCUCAAUUCCCACAGGAAUCCAUCACAGUGACCAAAAAUCUUAUGAGGAGGAACCUGAAAGACACCCUUACAAAAACCAAUGAAAUGGAAAUGGAUGAACUGCAUAAAAUUUGGAUUGCUAAAACAAAUAGCAAGCUGUAAAUAUUAUCUACUGCAAUAAACAAACUUAUUAUCAGUUGGUGCCAGGGCAAAGGUGAUUAUUUUGUUGAGAUUAUGAGAGGAUUUUAUUUCUUAUUAUGUGUAAGAUUGUAUAAAUGUACAUAAUACUAUUUUGGAAAUAAUAAGGUAUUGGCAUUUA